GUUUUUCUUCAUUUCUGACCACUGAAGUCACUGAUAGUGGGCGAACUAAUUGCCUAAGAUGAUGAUUAGAUGCUGUUUGUUGCUGCUGCAUCAACAUUUAUCCCCAACAAAGGGAAAGGAAACAUUGUGUACAUCAUGAACCCACCAAAGAAGAACUUUUUUGUUCGCAACAAAGUGCUCUUCGUAGGUCUUAUUAGUCUUUCACUAAUUCAUGUUGGUUGGUUUCACAUCGCUAAUGAUCCGGUCUUCAACAAAGGAGAAAAAAAGACAGUUUCAGACCUUCUUCCAUCCUACAUCAAAUCUAAGGCUUUGAAAGCACCAGCUGAAAAAGCCAAUUAGUUGUCAGUCGGUCAGUCAUAUCAGCCAACAUCUGUGCAAUCAAUUGAAAUUUAGGACACGCCAAAGACAUUUCAAAUUUAAUUUCACUGAAGGACAGUAUACCAUGGGUCUUGGAAGGACUAUUACGCAGCACAGAUUUGUUGGUGCUUUAAUUACGUUGGCCACGAUUCACGUAGUGAUCUAUAAUGUGCAGAAGAUCGCGAAGACAUCAGCCACUGCUGAGGACAGGAAGGAGCAGGAGACUGUAAUGGUUAUAAGAACAGAUGAGAAGUAAUACAAUCUAGCAAAGCACAUAUCAAGAUGUGUGCUGUGUCUCCUGGAGCAAGUAUGGCCUAUCAAACUCCCAAGGAACAGUCUCACAUCAGCUCCUAUGACCAGCAACAUCCAGCCAACAUCCAGGCUCUCCAAGCCUUCAAAUCCAUCAUCAAGUCUUGCUAUGGGCCUCAAGGACACUUGAAAAUGAUUCAGAACCAGUGUGGAGGCCAUGUUACCCUGACUUCCUCCAGCCAGAGACUACUGUCGACCUUGUCACUGUCCAAACCCGUGCUGAAGAUGCUUUCUGCAGCUGUGGAGGGACACCUCAAGGUGUAUUCAGAUGGAGGUCUCCAUGCUGCUCUUCUGGCGUGUUCAUUGAUUGAAGGCUGCUGGGAGACUGGACUGCAUCCCAUGAUGAGUGUAGCCGUCAAUGAAGUAAUGCAGGACAUAUGCAAAAAGACCAUGAUGUCCAGCGAUAUCUUUAGGAUACCUAUCAAUGUGGCAUCCAUGGAGACACUCUUGUCACUUGUUAGAUCAGUGAUUGCUUCAAAGCCAGGUUGUGGCCUGGUCAAGCAGGACCUUCACCUAAUAGCUAGUCUUGUUGUACAGUCCUUCAUAUCCUCCAUUCCCAGUGUGGACCAUGGUCAGCCAUUGACCAUUCCCGAGGUUCAAGUCAUUGGAGUUGAGGGGGAGAUGCCUUCAGGGUCUCACAUCCUGGAAGGCAUUCUGAUAGAAGCCCCAGAUAUUCCUGCAUUCUAUACUAAAGAUCUUCAAGUGCCUAGGAUAGACUCAGGACGUGAUGCUGGCUGUAUUAGAGUAGUGCUGUUCAACAUAUCCCUGUCAGGGGAUAGUGAGGAAUAUGCUGAUGUUGGAUUUGAGUUGUCUCCUGGAUUGACAGCUGAAGCUAGUAAUCUCCAGGCCAUGAGGGAUCUAGUUGAUCAGCUAGUGGACACGAGAGUUGGAUUAGUAGCAUGUCAGAAGGUCAUUCAUCCAUCCAUCAAACGCUACCUCAGACAGAAGGGUAUUCUGUCUAUUGACCGUCUGUCCAUUCGCCAUAUUAGAGCUGUACAGCAGGUCACUGGUGCAGAGAUACUAGGUUCUUUCAGCUGUGCAGUCCCACCAUCCAGUUUUGGUUAUGUAACGGACAUCAAGCACCUUGUCGUGUUUGGUAAAAGCUAUCUUCAUCUCCAAAGCACUUCUUCACUAUGUACACUGGUAUUGUGCAAUCACACAGAACAAAGCCUGGAAGAAAUGAAGGUAAUUCAUGUUUGUGAGGUGGCUCAUCAUACCCUGGCGUUGACCUUGAGUAACCCCACCGCUGUCCCUGGAGCAGGCUGUCUGAAUGUUAUCCUUGCUCAUCAUAUCAGAGAACAGGUAUCACAUGUGGAUGAGAGCAUAUGGAGAGAUAUAGGAUGCUCUAAAACCCAGUUUCUACAAUUAGCUGAGAAAUUUGCAUCCUGCUUGGAGGCAGUCUCCAUGGCAACUGUUCAUGAUGAUGGCAGCCAUCUUGUGACAGACUCCACAUCUCAUCACAGCUGGUGCAUCCCAAGAGAAGCCAUGGCAGAUUCUGAUUGGCUGAUGAGACUGGGUAGGUGUGGCUGUGGCAUGAAGGUAGCCAAUCAGCUCAAGAAUAGCUCAUGGAGCAUUGUGGGGAACCUGAAGUAUGGUGUGUACAGGAAGGAGAAGCAAGCUGCCAAAGAGGCAAGCAGGACUGUGGAAGACAGUAACAGUGAACAGGAAAAUCAUGCUAGGAAUGUGUUGCAUCCCACUUGCAGCAAUCGGACUGCAGUGCAAGAUGAGAUGUCUGGUCAUGAGCCUUCUAAGAGUCAAGAUGGGGAUGGGACGGGUCUGAUCUUAGACUUGUUUGCUGUGAGGUUCAAUUCAUUUUGUGUGGCUGUGGACAUUGCUAAUGUUGUGUUGAGAAUCGGACAUACCAUAGAAGACAUCAAUUGAUGUUGUUACUUCAAAUGGACUACUUCUACAACUUGUUGGCUUUGUAACAUGAUUAAAAAGAGAAAUUAUAGGAGUUUUCUAAGUGAAUAUUAUAUUCUACAAAAGCCAGUAUUUAAUCUACGAUGUGGAAUUUAAGUUGUUAUAUUCAUGUGACAACUCUGCUGUCCCCUUUGUCUUACAGAUGCUAAAAGAUAAUUCUUGUUUGUUAUGUGUGAAUACUUUUCAUUCUCCAUCUUUCUUAUCAUAAACAAAUUUAGCACUGUAUUUUGAAUCAGAUAUCCACUUUUAUGUUGCUUCAAGCUGAUCAAUGAAGGACUUCGCAGUAUAAUAUUUGUUAGUGCACUAAACUUCCAACAGAACUUCCAACAUGUCAAAUUUUGGAUGGAAUGCUAAUAUUUGUUGGUGUUCAGAUUAUAAAGUGGAAGGAAAACUGAUGUUUUCACUGACAAAGUGGUUUUAUAGUUGUAGUUUCAAAAUAUAGUUUCACAUGCAUUUAUAUAGGCCUAACCAUAUAUUUUUAAUUUUUCAUGUUAAACAUAAUUGUACUAAAAAAAAAAUAUAUAUCCUUACGAUAGGAAGAUAAUCUAUUAUCAGCAGAACCACCACAAUGAAAAAAAAAGGCAUGUUUAGUUUUUAUUAGUAUCUUUACUUAGUUCUGCUGGGAUUAUUGUAUCUGUGUUUGUUUGCAGAUGUGUCAGUUCUAUUUGAUUUUGUUAGAAUCCACAAAGAGUCCUUCAAUAUUUGUUAGCGUACAAAAUUUUAUUUUGUGCAGGUAUAAACAAGCAAUGAAAUGAACAUGAAAUGGUUACUUAUGUAUUGAUAAAGAUUGCAAAUGGGAUUUCUGAAUUUACAACGAUUUGUCUUUUAUAGUUGUGUCAUAACUUUUAAAAAACUUCUUUGAGCUAAUUUUCUAUUUUUUUUCCCUUCUUGACUUUAUUGGUUUUCCCUCAGCCUUCUCCAAACAUAUAACAUGUAUGUAAAACCUCGUCUUAACUGGAAAAUAAAGUCGCGGUGACGUCCGGACGUUGUCCGGAUGACAUUGAACCACUUCCAAUUAGACGCGUCAAUCGGGUAACGUCCGGACAAUUUCGAGGUAAAUCUCACCCUAGACGAGCCAGGGUGAUAUUUUGGUGUUUGAUAUUGUGACAUUUACCGGGUAAAUUACGUCAUCGCCGUGAAAAAAUGUAUACAUGUACACAGCGCGCGCCAGCUGAUCGCGAUGGGGGAGGUGCGGUUGAGGUUUUUGCAGAUGGCUGAUUAAGACGGUGUCCAAAAGCUCAUCCCGUGUUUUACGAUCAGACCCCCCACUGUUUCUCAUCCACAUGUCGCUCGGGUGAGAUCGAAAAAGUUCUAUUAAGACGGGGCUUUAGAGAAGAAAGUAUUGUAGGUAUACCAAAAGUGAAUAUCUAAGUCACAUAAAAGAUGUUACAGAUGUUCUUAUGUUAUCUCAAUGCAACAUGAUGUGGUUAUGUAAGAAGAUUAUUAAUAGUGAAAUCAAAAGGUCUUGCCAAUUUAGAUGAGAUCACAACAAUUUCCUUAAGAUUAAAAUAAAUAAAUGAAUGUACAUGUUGUCUGUUCAGAUCUAGAAGGGCAUUAACUCUAAGUAGAAGUAUAUAACCCGAUACCCCCUGGCUCCAAACAGACAAUGUCAUCAUCAUUUCUAAUCAUAAAAUGAUUAUUAUUCAGAAACUUGAUCUAAUGUCUCAUUGUCCCCUCUAAUUGGAAAUCAUUCAAAUAGUUAUAUUAUGGACUGGACUGCAGUGUACAUGUAGUAAGCAUUGCAUUUUUCAAGAAUUCAAAUCUUGAGUAGGUUCCUGACAUUGUGUUAUAAUGAAACAAUGUAUUUGUGUGUGACAAAUGUAAGAGAUGAGACAGAAUUUUAUGAAGAUGAAGUCACAAGUCGAUUAUGUGUGUUGAAAUUGAGCAUGAAAUACAAAGAAAAUAAUUGGAA